CGACCGCGGGGCCGGAGCCCACCGAGGAGGGACUGGCUAGGGCGGGUCGCUGGGCAGCUGUCCUGGCUCCCGGGCUGCAGGCGGGCACAACAGCUUUUUGUUCUGAGGCAUACUGACUGAAGUUUAAGGAGAAGAAUUGUGACCUGCUAAGAGAAUUUGCUCAAGGAAUGGAAUCAGCUCAUAGUUUAUUGCUUAAUGAAGAAGCAUACAAUCAGCUAGGUGAAGUGCAGAAGGCUGAAUUUAUUUUUGAGUGGCUGAGAUAUUUGGAGAAACUCUUACUAGCAACCAGCAGGAAUGAUGUUAGGGAGAAACAGAAGAGUCUUGUUGAACAGCUUCUAUAUUUGUUGAACAGUUCCCCAGGGCCUCCUACUCGCAAACUUCUUGCCAAGAAUCUAGCCAUACUUUAUAGUAUUGGAGACACAUUCUCUGUUUAUGAGACAAUCGAUAAGUGUAAUGAUCUUAUUCGUAGUAAAGAUGAUUCUCCAAGUUAUCUUCCCACUAAACUUGCUGCUGUGGUAUGUUUGGGUUCCUUAUACAAGAAAUUGGGUAGAAUACUAGGUAACACCUUUACUGAUACAGUUGGGAAUAUUCUUAAAGCCAUGAAGAGUGCUGAGUCUCAAGGUCGUUAUGAGAUUAUGCUGAGUCUGCAAAAUAUCUUGAAAGGACUAGGAGCUGCUGCUACACCUUGCCACAGAGAUAUUUAUAAAGCAGCUAGAUCCUGCUUAACAGAUAGAUCCAUGGCCGUUCGUUGUGCUGCUGCAAAGUGUCUCCUUGAACUUCAGAAUGAGGCCAUUUUUAUGUGGAGUACAGACCUGGACAGUGUGGCCACACUAUGUUUUAAGUCCUUUGAAGGUUCUAAUUAUGAUGUGCGGAUUUCAGUUUCAAAGCUACUGGGCACAAUAUUGGCUAAAGCUAUAAUUUCUAAACAUCCAGGAGCAGCAGCCUCACGUCAAAGCACACGCAGAGUAACUCUGGAGGAAGUUCUGGAAUUACUAGGAACAGGGUUUCUUCGUGGGAGUUCAGGCUUUCUUCGGGCCAGCGGAGAUAUGCUGAAAGGAACCAGUUCAGUCAGUAGAGAUGUUCGAGUUGGAGUUACACAGGCUUACGUGGUAUUUAUUUCAACACUAGGAGGAGGUUGGCUAGAGAAAAAUUUUGCUGCCUUUCUUUCUCAUGUCCUAAGCCUUGUGUCACAGUCACACUCAAAAGCUGCCCAAGCUCAGAUUGAUGCCGUCUGUUCUCGUCGUUGUGUCUCAUUUGUCCUUCGAGCUACCAUAGGAGGCCUUCUUGGAGAAAAGGCUCAAAUUGCUGCUGCAAAGGAGAUUUGCCAGGCCAUCUGGAAGCUAAAGAAAGUUAUGGAUGCAGGGAUGAGUGAUGGUAAUUUGGAAACCCGGCUUGCUUCUACAGACGUAGCAGCUAGCCAGCAUAUGCUAGUAUGUGCGUUACAAGAGCUUGGAAAUCUCAUACAUGGUCUGGGCACCACAGCUGCCCCUUUGCUGUUGGAUUCAAGUGCAGGCCUUCUUGACAGUGUCAUUUCAGUUAUUCUUCAUCCUAGCGUUUCCGUUCGGCUAGCUGCAGCGUGGUGUUUACAUUGCAUUGCUGUGGCAUUACCUUCCUACCUAACGCCGCUCUUAGAUCGCUGCCUGGAACGGCUCUCUGUACACAAGUCUUCACCUGAAGCAGUGACUGGAUUUAGUUUUGCUGUGGCGGCUUUGUUGGGAGCAGUGAAACAUUGUCCUUUAGGAAUUCCACAUGGAAAGGGCAAGAUUAUCAUGACACUAGCAGAAGAUUUGCUGUGUUCUGCUGCUCAAAACAGUCGUCUUUCAGCUCAGCGUACACAAGCUGGAUGGUUACUGAUUGCUGCUCUGAUGACAUUAGGUCCUGCAGUGGUUAGUCAUCACCUUGCCCGAGUUUUGCUGUUGUGGAAGUGUGUCUUUCCAGCAUCUCCUAAAGAUCUAGAAACAGAAAAGAGCCGAGGAGAUUCAUUCACGUGGCAGGUAACGCUGGAAGGACGAGCUGGUGCACUGUGUGCUAUGAAGAGCUUUGUUUCCUACUGUGGUGAUCUCCUCACUGACGAAGUAAUCCAGCGUCUUCUUCCGCCACUUCCUUGUGCUGUGGAUUUGCUAACUCAGCUUUCUUCAAUAUUAAAAACAUAUGGAAGUCCUUUGAAAACACCAUCAGUAAUUUAUAGACAAAGGCUGUAUGAACUGCUGGCUCUAUUACCUCCUGAGACCUAUGAAGGAAACCUCUGUGCUAUCCUCAGAGAGCUGGCUGCUGACCUGACUACCUCUGAGAUCCAGGUGGCAGCAUCUACAUUUUUACUUCCACCCCUGUGUCAUCAGGAUGAUCUUUUGAUAUUAAAUCCUUUAUUACAAGAGACUGACCAUAGAUUUAUUGAAGAACAGUUGCUGCUUGGUAAUGGCAUUGCUUGUGGAAGUCUCGAAUUUGACCCUUAUUCUAUUUAUGAAAAAGAUGUAGAGGGAAAUUCUGUGCCUAAGCCCCUCCCUCCAGCACUAUCAGUUAUUAGUUCUGCAGCCAAGCUCUUUGGGAUUGUUUGUGCUCAUGUGGGAGAAGCGCAAAGGCUUGUUACAUUAGAACAGCUUUUGAGCAGUAUAAAGAACACUAAAGGAGCUCGUCAGCAGGUAGUUCAGUUGCAUGUUGUUUCUUCAGUUUCUGGUUUCUUGAAGUACGUGUCUGGCUCAAAGGGAAAUUUGGGUUCAGAAGAAAUAAGAAGACUUGUCCUGACAUUAGUGAUUGGAGCCCUGGAAAGUUCCAACCCCUUGUUGAGAUGUGCAGCUGCGGAGGCAUGGGCCAAGUUAGCUCAAGUGGUUGAUGAUGGAGCUUUUACUGCUGGGUUAGCUCAAGUGAGCUUUGACAAAUUGAAAUCAGCAAGGGAUGUGGUUACCAGAACAGGACACGCAUUGGCUUUGGGGUCCUUACAUAGGUAUUUAGGAGGAGUGAGUUCUUCUCAACAUUUGAGUUCUUGUGUUGGAGUCCUUUAUACUCUAUCUCAGGACAACACUUCUCCUGAUGUGCAGACCUGGGCACUACAUUCUUUGUCCCUGAUCAUUGAUUCUGCUGGUCCACUCUACAAAGUACAUGUGGAACCUACCCUUUCUCUUAUCAUAAUGUUAUUGUUAAAUGUGCCUCCUACACAUGCUGAAGUUCACCAAAGUCUUGGCCGCUGUUUGAAUGUUCUUAUUACGACAUUAGGCCCAGAACUACAAGGUAACAGUGCUUCAAUGUCUACCUUAAGGACUUCCUGUCUGUUGGGUUGUGCAGUGAUGCAAGAUAACCCAGACUGCCUUGUGCAAGCUCAAGCAAUCUAUUGUCUUCAGCAGCUUCAUAUGUUUGCCCCAAGAUAUGUCAACUUGUCUAGCUUGGUUAGCUGCCUCUGUGAAAUCUUGUUGGAUAAUUCUGUGUUGGUGAAUCUUUGUAGUCCCUACUUGUUACUGAGAAGAGCAGUCCUCGCUUGUUUACGUCAGCUUAUGCAAAGAGAAGCAGCUGAAGUUUCAGAACAUGCUGCUAUGUUUGCUAAGGACAGCAAAGAAGAAUGUACUCCAGAUGCCAACAUCAGAGAAGUGGGCCUUGAAGGGGCAUUAUUGUCCUUAUUAGACAAAGAAACAGAUCAGAGGUUAUGCCAUGAUAUCAAAGAGACUUUGCAUCAUAUGCUCACAUCCAUGGCCGUGGAAAAACUCUCCCUUUGGUUAAAGCUUUGUAAAGAUGUACUCGCUGCCUCAGCUGAUUUUACUACUAUAACAUCUGUGGACACGAUGCAAGAGGAAGAAGGAGAUAAGGGGGAUGACGGCUCAGUCCUGACCACCAGGAGUGAUGAAAAGUCCCACCCUUUUACCAACCCCCGAUGGGCUACGAGAGUCUUUGCUGCUGAGUGUGUCUGUAAGAUAAUUAGCCAGUGUGAGAAAGCCGACAGUGCACAUUUUGACAUUAUUUUGGCACAAGAAAUGAAAAAAAGGGAUUCACGAAAUGACUUUUUGGUGCUACAUCUUGCUGACUUGAUUCGAAUGGCUUUUAUGGCUGCCACAGAUCACAGCGACCAGCUCCGUCUUUCUGGCCUUGAAACACUGUUAGUUGUUAUUCGGCGAUUUGCAAGUGUUCCCGAACCAGAGUUUCCAGGUCAUGUGAUCCUGGAACAGUAUCAGGCCAAUGUAGGAGCAGCGCUCAGACCAGCCUUCACUGCAGAGACACCACCUGAUGUCACUGCUAAAGCAUGCCAGGUUUGCAGUGCCUGGAUAGCAAGUGGAGUUGUGAGUGACCUUAAUGAUCUCCGAAGAGUUCACCAGUUGCUUGUUUCAUCGUUAACCAAAAUACAGGCUGGAAAAGAAGCUCUAAGUCACUUCUACAAUGAAAGUGCUUCUACCAUGGAGAUCUUAGCUGUACUGAAAGCUUGGGCAGAGGUCUACAUAGUUGCUGUACAAAGACAUAAAAACCACCGACAGCCCUUGAAGACCCCCACCGGCUCAGAAGAAAGUGACAAGAGUGGGUCCUGUUCCUCAGAUGGACUGCUUGACUUAGUCCAUACUGACCUGGGCACACUGAGCAGACUCUGGCUGGCCGCCCUUCAGGAUUUUGCUCUGCUAACUUUACCUUCAGAAUUUGCCUCCCAACUUCCUAUUGAAGGUGGUGCUUUCUACACAGCAGAGACUAGCGAAAAUGCAAAACUUCAUUAUUCCAACUCCUGGGCACUUAUCCUGCAUGCCACAGCGCUGUGGCUUACCAGCACCGGCCUUGUGGUUGCUGACCCGGAUGAAGGAGCUGCUCACCUCUCGAGGCCUGUGACACCGACUUCCAUGGGGCAGGGCUCAUCAUCCGGAGAGACUGUGAAGUCCCCUGAGGAUGUCUACACUGAUCGAUUCCAUCUGAUUUUAGGAAUCAGUGUGGAAUUUUUAUGCUCCUUACGUGCAGAUGCAACCAUGGAAAGCAUAACUGCUUGUUUACAUGCAUUACAGGCCCUUCUGGAUGUUCCUUGGCCCCGAUGUAAAGUUGGCAGUGAUCAUGACUUGGGUAUUGAGUUGCUGAAUGUGUUACAUCGAGUAAUUCUGACAAGAGAAUCCCCUUCGAUUCAGUUGGCCUCACUUGAAGUGGUCAGGCAGAUUAUCUGUGCAGCACAAGAACAUGUGAAGGAGAAAAGGCGAAGUGCAGAAGUUGAUGAUGGGGCUGCUGAAAAGGAAACCCUGCCAGAGUUUGGAGAGGGAAAGGAUACAGGAGGCCUGGUGCCGGGAAAGUCUCUGGUGUUCGCCACCCUGGAGUUAUGUGUUUGCAUUCUGGUCAGACAACUCCCAGAACUAAAUCCGAAAUUGACAGGGAGCCCAGGCAUGAGAGCUGCAAAGCCACAGAUGCUGUCAGAAGACGGAGGUAGAUUGGUGUCCACCGCCUUGAUCAUCCUUUCUGAACUUCCUGCAGUGUGCUCUCCAGAAGGAAGCAUCUCCGUUCUCCCUACUAUACUGUAUCUCACGAUUGGGGUACUCCGUGAAACUGCUGUGAAGCUCCCGGGGGGCCAGCUCUCUUCCACAGUCGCAGCUUCCCUGCAGGCUCUGAAAGCAAUAUUAUCUUCUCCUAUGGCCCGAGCAGAAAAGAGCCACACAGCUUGGACAGACCUUCUCCGAAGCGCUCUAACAACAGUCCUUGAUUGUUGGGAUCCAGCUGACGGCACAAACCAAGGACUUGAUGAAGUCAGUCUGCUUACUGCUAUCACAGUAUUCAUUUUGUCCACGAGUCCAGAAGUAUCUACCAUCCCGUGUCUUCAGGAGCGCUGUAUUGACAAAUUUAAGGCCACUCUUGCCAUUAAAGAUUCUCUGGUACAAAUCAAGACCUAUCAGCUCUUACAUUCCAUUUUCCAGUAUCCAAAUCCAGUUGUUUCCUACCCAUACAUACAUUCUUUGGCUUCCUCUAUUGUGGAGAAACUGCGGGAAGUGGACAAGAGAAAACUGGAGGACAGCGCUGAGCUGCAGGUCUUUCAGGAGGGCAUCAAGGUCUUGGAAGCAUUGGUGACAGUUGCUGAAGAACAACAUCGCUCCCAGCUGGUGGCCUGUCUUCUGCCCAUCCUGGUUUCCUUCCUUUUGGAUGAAAAUGCUUUGGGAACUGCGUCUGCAGCAAGGAGAAGUCUACAUGACUUUGCUUUGCAAAAUCUCAUGCACAUCGGGCCUCAGUUUUCAUCAGUGUUUAAAAGUGUGAUGGCUUCCUCUCCCACCCUGAAAGCCCGCCUCGAGGCUGCUAUUAAGGGGAAUCAGGAGAGUGUCAAAGGCCAACUUCCAACCUCCAAAGCCAGCAAGAACCCAGGAAGGAAUGCAAGCAUCCAGUUAAAGACCAGUUUCCUCUGAUGUUACUUCUUGGAAUUGAAAGCACCUUAAAGGUAAUAUGGUCCUUUUCUCCCUUUGGGGACAAAAGUGACUUUUCAGACACAAGUGCACUUGCAAGUCUAGUUGGUUGUGUUUACUUUAAUAGCUGUGACUUUUCAAAGUGACAGCAAACUUAGCAUUUUUGGUGAAAUUUUUUCCCAUUUAUUAAGAUCAUAAAGCUAACAGAAUUUUGCCAGGAAUUUCAAAAAAGUGCUGAAGAACUAAAUUUACUUAACAUGUUAUGUUGCCAAUGACUUUAAAAACUUGGAUUCUGUAACAGUUCAUACACACAUGGUGUAAACACUGACAGAGAUUUGCCUGGUACAAAUGAUCUGCACUUACACUGUAUCCAAUUAGUGAGUUCAAAAUCUGACUUCAUCAAUAAUAGCAUUAAAGUUUCCUCCACUCCUCUAACAAUACCAAAGGAUUGGAAACUUAUUGAGGAAACCUGGUUGAGAAUUAUCCACAAAAUUAGUACAAAUGAAUGAUUACCCUAAAAUUUGGCAUAAGAUUUUGGCUUUCAUAAAUAGUGUGGUUUUUCACAUUUUGCCUAAGUUUGUAUUGAGAUCAAAAGUGAGUUUUAUUUCUUUUACAAAAACUAGGGCAUCUCCACUUUACUCUUUCUGAGUUGGAUUUUCUGUUGCCUUCAUUACAAAUAAUUUGGUUCAUUUUCAUUUGUGAUAAACAUAUCAAUGAGUUUAUUAUCUGUUCACAUCUAUAUUAUAUUUAGAUCAACAGUAUGUUUAUAUAAUGCCAAAUUUAGUACAACAGAUUUAGUUAAUCCAUCAAGGAAUACAAGUAUUUUUCUUAAUGUGAAACAUAUUUUAAUAUAGAAAAAAUCUAAUAAUAAAGUCUUACUGGUUGAAAAGUAUUUUUUAACUCUGUUCAUGACCACUGACCCUGCUUCCAACUCCAUGUUAAACUGUGUGAGUCAAAACAAAUCAUCUCCCUGUUAACUAUAAAUGAAGUGGCAGAAGCAUACUGAGAGAACACUUCAGCCCCAGCAAGAGCAACGUGACGGAGUUUAUUUUAUUAUGUUUGUACAUAAAUACUCUUGUAAAUUGUUGCGAAUAAACACAUUUGACAAAUUCUAACAUUAUAAUUAAUUUUUCUACAUACAUAAAUAAAGCUAAUUUUCUGUA